AAAAGCCCUUUGCUUCUGGAGCUGCUAAUGUCCGUAAUGUUGCCGUGGGGAGCGGAGACAGCAGGGAGAAACAGCUCUAGAAGUUGGGACAUAACAACAGUAGAACUUCACACACUGUGCUGGGUGCUCCUCCUGGAGUUUGGAGGGGGAUGGAGCAGCGCGGAGGUGCAGGCGGGGGAACAGAGAGCCCCAGCCUUCGGGACAGCACCAGCCCAGAGGAGAGAGGGGAGAGCCCCGCCUCCAGCGGCCCCCCGCCGUGCAAGUCGAGCCGUGUGGAAGUCAACGGCAGCCCCGCAGCUCCGCGAACCAGGCAGAAUGGCACACCGCUGAGACCACUUGGAGGUUUGAUGAUCCCGGUCUACUGUGUGGUGGAGCAUGCAGAUGUGGGCGUAGCCGGUGACUGUGAGGGGCACAGCGACCGUCACGCUGAGUUUGUGUUGGUUCGUAAGGACGUCCUCUUCACACAGCUGGUAGAGACAGCACUGGUCGCUCUGGGAUACUCUCACAGCUCAGCUGUACAGGCAAGUGGCAUCAUUAAAGUGGGCCGGUGGAAACCAAUGCCCAUCCACUACCUAACAGAUGCUCCAGAGGCCACAGUGGCCGACAUGCUGCUGGAUGUCUACCACAUGGUCACACUGCGGAUCCUACUGUACAGCUUUGCCCGGCUUGAGGAGCUGCCAUCAGAGCAGUGGACCCACGCUACAGUGAGGAACGCCCUCAAAGAGCUGCUCAGAGAGACCAACCAAAGCACGCUGGCCAAGGAGUGUCCUCUCUCCCAGGGUUGGCUGUGUGAGCUGCUCAGGUGGAAAGAGAGCCCGAGCCCCGAGAACCGCACACUGUGGGAGAACCUGUGCACCAUCAGGAGGUUCCUGGGGUUACAGCAGGCGGACAGAGACCAGGUCUACGAGGAAGAGUCGAGGCAGCAGCACAGCGAGAGACUCCACACUGUCCUGCACAUCCCAGACCAACAGGCACUCCACAGACAGCCCAUGCCCCCUCUGACCACUCCAUCUCCAAUUCAUGAAGACCCACAGCCCAACCCAUUGCUCAUCUUGCGUGGCUCAGAAGACCGGCCCCAGCCUGGGACAAGCCCUGGCCUUGGAGGGGGUGGACCAAAGAAGGCCCGAUCACGGACACGGAUUUCCCUUGAGGCCCUGGGAAUCCUGCAGAGCUUCAUUGGCGAUGUUGGGCUCUACCCUGACCAGGAAGCCAUCCACACCCUGUCAGCCCAGCUGGAUCUACCCAAGCACACCAUUGUCAAAUUCUUCCAGAACCAGCGCUACAAUGUCAAGCACCACAGCCAGGUCAGAGAGACCGUCCCCGGAGAGGAUGACCAGGAGAGCUUGAGUCCUAGCGAGGGAGGCAUCGGCACAGUGGAGAGCCGAGGGGAGGAGGGUCUCUCUGCAUCUGAGGAGUCAAGUGAGGAUGGGAGAGGAUCAGUGGAGGUGUUCAGAACAGAGGGAGGAGAUGGAAGAGAAGAAAGAGAUGUGGAGAUGGAGAAGGAAGAAGGGGAUGAUGGGAAAGCCUCAGGGCCAGCUACUUCCUCCCUGUCCCCCUACAGCAGUCUGGACAGCCCCCACUCUGCAGAGCAACAGAGAUAACAGCAGAGAAACCAUUCGGAGAGAACUGAGGAAAAGAUGGAAGCAAAGGACACCAUCAAACUGUGAAGAAACACAUUUUCAUCACCUUUACCAGAGCUGGUGAUCAGAGCUCUCUAAUAUCUGAACAGCUGUGGAAAAUAUUUAAGUAAGGUUUGACUGAAAAGUGACCCAAAGGUAUUAGCACUACCUUCAGAUAGGGUAUUUUUGGUUUGAUACUACCUGUAGACAUUAUUUGGGAUAAUUUUUAAUAGCACUCAAAGAGAAAACAUAUCCCCUUAAAUUUUCAGUAUUUCACCUGGUUGUUCCUGGUAAAAAUGGAAAUGCAUUUCAACCAGCAUUAACUCAUCACUACACUAUGCUUAAACACAACUGAAUUCUUUGAGUUGGUUUACCUGUUUUUUAUGAUACUCCACCUCAAACACUUAAAACCUAUGUAGGCUUUAAAAGUGACUGUAAAAACUGUAAAAAGACGGCGGCAUAAUCCACUUCUUUAACAGUUCUGUCAAGUAUUACUAAGUACACAGCAAGUAUUAGCUGUAAAGUUGUGAAGUAUUUUGACAAAUGGAUACUGAUUAUUUAUGGAUAGGAGGAGUGGAUUAUGCUGGUUUGAGUUUAGAUAAAAAUAGUUUCCACCAUAACAAUCUUCAGCCACCUUGUUUAUUUAUGUAUGUUUUUGUUUAUUAUGUUUACAGGUAAAGUGCUUGAUUAAAAAAAAUUAGUUUGGAGGUUUUCUUUAAGGUCGGGUAAGGCAGGUUUCAGAUGAACAAAACUGGAAUUGACCCCAAGUCCCGCCCUAUUUGCUCUGUGCUCCUACAGUAAAGCAAGCCUCAGUCAGAACCUUAGCUAGCUACUUAAUCUACAUCCAUUAUUAGCUAGCUAGUUACAUCUGAAAUUUGUGGCAAAAUGUUACAAAAUACUA